AAAGUAAAGGUGUUCUUCCUGUCUACAAAUUGAUAGGGCAUUGUGCAAAAGUCUUCACCAGCUCUUCCCUCUGUCUCGCUCGAUCGCUCAGCCCUCGCUGUCCUUUCUGUCACCUUCGGAUCUGAUCUGAACCAUGCCUUCUUUUGCUAUCAAUCUAAAGGAAAAUAAACGGGUUAAGAAGCUCCAUGCUCAAAGUAGGAACAGACGAGAAAAGCCGUAUCGGCAGACAAUCAGAGCUAGCAUGCGACGAUUGAAAAAAGAAAUGGAAGAGAUAAAGGAAGAGCAAGAAAUCAUCAAGGCUCAGCAAGAAAUCAUCAAGGCUCAAAGGCAAGUUCAUGAAAAGUUUUCAGCUAUUGAAUUGGAAUGCGAACAAUUAAGGAACGAAACUCAACUGAUAAUGCAUCAGAGGGCAAAUGAUCAACUUCGCGUUGCUUUGAACUUCAACACAGCUUGGCUUCAAUCUUAUCUCAACAGAGUACUUCGUGAUUCACAGGCAGGGACAGAGCUGAUUGCUGUUCAACGGAAUCCUGUGAGUUCGGUGGGAUCAAAUGAUCCAUGUCAAGGUAGUGCAUGCUAAUAUAUUUUGAAAGCAAUUUCAAAUUGAAGUUCAUUAUAUGUAUGAUCCUUAGUCUUGAUAUCACUAUCUAUCUUGCAUGAAUAGAGUUGUUCAUGGAUUGAUUUCAUCGUAAGUGUUCUUAACCUUGAAUGUCA